AUAUUAUAACAACGUACGUUUAUCUAUCUUAUAAUUAGAACGAUGUAUAUGUAUACACAUACACAUUUAUAUUACGAUUAUAUAUGAUGCAAGAGGAUGGAGCUGCAUGUAAGAGUACAGUUCGAAAAGGUCCAUGGUCAGAGGAAGAAGACGACCUUCUACGAAAGUGCAUUGAAAAAUAUGGAGAGGGUUCCUGCUGGAAAAGAGUUCCUCAAAGAGCAGGAUUAAAUAGAUGUCGAAAAAGUUGCAGAUGGCGAUGGCUAAACUAUCUAAAACCUGGCAUUAAACGAGGGGACUUUAGUGAAGAUGAGGCCAACAUCAUUGCAAGCCAACACAAGCUUCUCGGAAACAGGUGGUCAUUAAUAGCAACUAAACUUCCUGGACGAACGGUAAAUGACAUAAAAAAUUAUUGUAGCACUCAGCUUUACAAGGAUUACUUAUCCUCCCACGAAGUUAUUAGUCUCACUUCUACACAAGACUUCAAUGGGCUUGAAAUUGGGUCUGGAAAUGGGAUUGAAGUUGGGCCAAAGAAUGGGUUUGGGCCCGAGGUGAAUGAACAGAAUGAUAAUGAUAAUUGGUUAGAAAAUUUGUUGGGCUUGGACGAAUGCAGUUCUCAAAAUUAUAGUGAGCCUAAGAUUGGGCAACUUUUGGAGGGUGAAGAGUCAGACAAUAAUGAGAAUAUGGACCAGUGGAUAUCAUCAUUAAGAGACGAGCCCAAUAUGCAAUUUGUAAUGAACAACUGGGAGGAUAUAGCGUAUUAGAUUUUGAUUAUAAGAACAUGUGGGCAUAGACUUGUUCAUUUGAGUAAUCAUAUCAAAUUUAGGUUGAUUUAAAUUAAAUUAGAUUUUGUGUUACUAUUGUUUUACAUAAUGUUAAAUUUAUUUUGAAGUCGUUCGAUUAUUGGAUCGGAUAAAGUCGAUCGGAUCGUCGGAUUUGUUUUGAACUCCUUUAGUUGACAUAGUGAAAGUACGUGGUAUGUUUUUUUCUUUUGUGUUUCGGGUUAAACUGGAUAAUCUCCACGGGAAGGGGGAACUUAAUCCUUGUAGCGUGUGGUGAGAAUUGAACCCCUAUCAUAAGGGUGAAAGGAAAAACCCUCAAAGACCAUGCUAACCUGUAAUUCUCAAUUGUAAGUGGAAUGUUAUUUAUGCCAUUAACUAUACUCAAUAUUGAUAUUUCCUUUAUUGAG